AAGAUCGAACCCAAUCAAACAAUAAAUAUUACUAAUAAUUUCCAAAAUUAACCAUAUUCAUCCCCCAGCUCGAUUCUUAAUGUUUUAGAUCCAAAUCAUCAUACAAAAACACACCGAAACACACACACAUUGCUUGCUGAGAUUAUUAAAAAUAAUAAUGGAACUGGGGAGAUACUCACUAGACCUGAAAAGAAGCCCCAGAAAAUCAUUCACAUCAUCCCCACUCUCUAAAUCAAUCUCCGAUGCUUCUACACAAAGCCUCUCCGCCAUUCUCAACAACCCCACCGACGCCACGUGGACCGCCUGGUUCUCGUCCCCCGCCGUCUCCCCGCCCGAUUUUCUCGCUGUUAACACGACCCGACCCGGGUCCGAACUCACCCGACCCGACUUUAAGCCCUACGUUUCUUCCAUUUGUGAACAAUUCAAUAGAUUUGAGGAUAUAAGGAAGCAUGGUAGUGAGGAGGAUGGUGUGGAAUUGGACCGGAGUGGCGGCCAGGGGGAGGCGUUGGUGGCGUGUUUACGAGAAGUGCCUGCAUUGUAUUUUAAGGAGGAUUUUGAGUUGGAGGAUGGGGGGACUUUUCGUGCCGCGUGCCCGUUUUCGAGUGUGGGGGAGAAUUUGGUGUUGCAGGAGAAGUUGUCGCAGUAUUUGGAUGUGGUGGAGGUGCAUUUAGUUAAGGAGAUUGCGUUGCGGUCCAAUUCAUUUUUCGAGGCGCAGGGGCAGUUGGAAGGGUUGAAUUCGAGGAUUGUGGAAGGGUCUAGUAGGAUUAGGGAAUUGAAGGAGACAAUUUGGGUUUUGGAUUCUGAUUUGGUUGAUUUGGCGAGACAGGUUCAGGAGCUUAGUUCGAAUAAAAGUAAUAUGUUGGUCUUGCAGCAAAAGUUGCGGUUGAUUAUGAAUGUUAAUCAUGCUCUAUCUGCUCUUAAAUUGCUGGUUGCAUCAGCAGAUUGUGCUGGAGCUUUGGACAUCACUGAUGAUUUGCGGCAAUUAUUGGAUGGGGACGAGCUGACUGGUCUGCACUGUUUUCGUCACCUUAGGGAUCAUGUAAAUGGUGCAGUCAAUUCGAUAAACAGCAUUCUUUCAGCAGAAUUUAUGCGUACAUCCAUUCAAGAUACUCGAGAUGCAGAUUCUGUAAUAUUAUUGCAAGCAAAAGAAAGGGCAGCAUCGCUUACAAAUGGAGAUGAUGAUGAGAUAAGCAUAGUUGAAACUGAUAAAGUAGAAGACUCUAAUAUUCGAGAACAGCUACUUCCUCCUAUUAUUGGAUUGCUUCGAACUGCGAAACUCCCAAGUGUAUUGAGAUUUUACCGUGAAACACUUACUGCUGAGAUGAAAUCUGCAAUCAAGGCGGUGGUUGUAGAACUUCUUCCAGUUCUUCUUUGUAGACAAUCAGACUUGGUUUAUAAUCAAGGGGAAAGAGUUGCGGAUGCAGAUGGCGGGGGCUCAUCACUCGCAAGUAAGCUUAAAACCUUGUCAUCAGACAACUUUGUUCAGCUUUUGCGGACUUUAUUUCGGAUUGUAUGGGCACACUUGGUGCGGGCUGAUGAAGUGAAAAAAGUCAUUGAAUGUAUUAUGUGCAAUCUCGAUGGUCACUAUGCUGCUGACUCAGUUGCUGCUGCAAUUGCUGUCGGUACUGCAACUUCAGAAGCAUCUCAAGAAACUGAUGCUCAAGUUUCUCCCUUCCUCUCCUAUUCUCUUCACAGAAAUACUGCAAUGUCUCCUUCAAACCAAGGGAGGGGAAAUGAUGCAAAUUAUCCAUUAAAUAUAUCAAGAAAUUUCCGAGCCGAUGUUUUGAGAGAAAACAUGGAAGCUGUCUUUGCUGCUUGUGAUGUGGGACAUGCAAAAUGGGCCAAGAUCCUUGGUGUUCGUGCAGUUCUUCAUUCCAAGUUGAGGUUGCAAGAGUUUUUAAGUAUUCACAAGCUCACUCAGGAUUUUAUUACUGCAACGGAGAUGAUUGGUGGAAGGUCGGCUUAUAGCAUUCGUGGAACAAUGCAAUCACAGACCAAAGCCUUUGUGGAUUUUCAUCAUAAUUAUCGAAUGGAUAAAAUAAAAGCAGUACUUGACCAGGAGACGUGGGUGGAGGCAGAUGUUCAUGAUGAAUUCCAAAGAAUCGCGGCUUCACUGUAUAUUGAGGAGCCUGUUGAUGACGGAAAUGCGGAUGAUACAUAUAAUAGUCUUGCAGGAGGCAAAAAUGAAUCAGUCUCUAGCAAUAGUGUUUCUGUAAUGGCAGACAGCCAAGUAGCAGAUUCUGUUAAGCCCAUUGACAGGACUGACUCUAUCGAAGUAUCUCCAGAUAUGACAACACAAAUAACUCUUUCAUCCUCAACUAGACCAACAGACAGUAAUAGCAGUGAUGUAAGAUUAUCAGCCCAAAGAAACGGUGCUACUCGGACGAUUUCUUUUAGAGGUGUUCACUAUCACAUGGUAAACUGUGGCUUAUUCGUGCUGAAGAUGCUGUCAGAGUACAUUGAUACAAAUAAUUCUUUGCCUGCAUUGUCUUCUGAAGUUGUGCUACGUGUUGUCGAGCUUUUAAAAUUCUUUAACACAAGGACUUGCCAACUUGUCCUUGGUGCUGGAGCCAUGCAGGUAUCUGGUUUAAGGUCUAUUAAUUCCAAACACUUGGCUCUAGCGAGUCAGGUUAUCAGCUUUACUUAUGCCAUUAUACCUGAAAUCAGGAGGAUUUUGUUCUACAAAGUGCCUGAGACACGACAGCCAUUACUACUGAAAGAGAUAGACCGUGUAGAGCAUGAUUAUAAGGGUCAUCGAGAUGAGAUACAUAAGAAGCUUGUACAAAUAAUGAGAGAAAGGUUGUUAUAUCAUCUCCGUGGUCUGCCACAAAUUGUUGACAGUUGGAACAGAACGGAAGAUACUGAUCCACAGCCAAGUAAUUUUGCUCGGUCCGUUACAAAGGAAGUUGGCUAUCUUCAACGUGUCCUUUCACGAACUUUGCAUGAUGCGGAUGUUCAAGCCAUAUUUCGGCAAGUGGUUGUAAUCUUCCACACUGAAAUUUCUGAAGCAUGUUCUAGAUUAGAGAUUAGCACAUCUCAAGCCAAAAAUAGGAUGUACUGUGAUCUUCAGCACGUUCUUGGAUGCAUUAGAUCACUGCCUUCUGAUGAUCUGAAUAAUUCUGAGACUCCAAACUGGGGAAUGCUUGAUGAAUUUGUUGUACAAAGAUUUGGUGGCGAAGAUGGUCAAUAGAAUUUAAUGUAUAGCUGUACACUGGUUAAUAUCUCUGACUAAUCAUUUUUCACAGAGAUGUAUUACUAUUGGAGAAGCAGGCUUUAGCAUGUCAUGAAGGUGUUCAGUUUGUUCAAACGAGGGACUCAUUUAUGAUUUCUUUGGCGGCAGUCCUGUAGGCAUACACCAAAAGCGGAAAUUGGGUCCUCAAUAUAUAGUUCUUGUGAUUGUAGUUUUAUAGCACAUCUAGGCCUAGUAUAAUUUGUUUUGGAAAGAACAAUUCUGGUGAUCUUUUUAAACUUUGCCUAUUGUUCUUUUUUAUUCUCAGAAGUAGCUCAAACCUUAUCAUUCUUUAAAAGUGCCUUAAAUUCAUCAA